AUGCCGUCUGCCAUGCCCUCAGAGCCAGCCGAGCAAGGACUGAAGCCUCCACAAUCUUCUCAUAAGAGCAUCAUUCCGAGGAGGCUAAGGUGCAACUUCCUUCGGUCAUCCCGAAUCCGGGUUCAUCCGACACCAGCCACCUCCAGUACGCCGCCCAAGUUCGACCUCAUUGAGAUCAAAGUCGUGUACCUGAGGUGCACCAGUGUGGGGGAUAACAUUGUCAAGGAAACUGGUGACUGGAAGGGUCUGCGGAUUACGGUGAAACUGACCAUUCAGAACAGACAGGCUCAGACUGAGGUGGUGCCUGCCUCUGCCCUGAUCAUCAAAGCCCUCAGGGUGCCGCCAAGAGACAGAAAGAAGCCGAAACACAUUAAACACAGUGGAAAUAUCACUUUUGAUGAGAUUGUCAACAUUGCCCGACAGAACCUUGCAGCACCAACCUUUAGCCAGAGAACUUCUGGGACCAUUAAGGAGAUCCUGGGGUCCGCCCAGUCUGUGGGCUGCAACGUAGACAGUUGGCACCCUCAUGACAUCAUAGAGGACAUCAUCAACAGUGCUGUUGAAUGCCCAGCUAGCUAA